UAUUGUCUGUGACAAAAUUAUCUACCACGACCAUAAUAAUGUAUACAAAUUGUACUUUUUGACAGAUUUAGUUAUCACAUACAACGGAUUUCUACUGUUUUAAAGCCGAAAAAUUGAAUUAAUCAUGCCGGCAGUAAUUGUGGGCCCUCCUCAACGUAGUGAACAAAUGUGGCGAGCAUUAAAAACCCAUAUUACAAGAGAAAGACAACGGAAAAAACAAGAGCAAGAAGCAGAUGCAGAGGAAGAACGCUUAAGAAAAGAACGAGAGCGGCAACAGAAACAGGAUGUGAUGACCUUAGGUGAAACUAGAGAACAAAUAUCAAAUUUAGAAAAUGAACUUUCGCAAUUAAAAGAUGAGAAGCAUCAGUUAUUCCUGCAGUUAAAGAAAGUUUUAAACGAGGAUGAUAAUAGAAGACGACAAUUAAUUAAAGAAAGUGUAUGUCCUGAAGUCAUAACAGCAGUAGGAGGAUAUCCUGGAACAGGUCCUAGAGUAGUUCAUCCACAAUUAUUUCUUCCUUUACCAAGAAGCAAUAGUCCUCUUUACAAAGUAGCUGUUGGUGCACCAACGCAUACCUUACUACCAACUGGGCCAUUAAAAAGAACACAUAGCCCCUCACCACCCCCAACAGCCUCUCCUUACCACGCUGGUUAUGGAUAUAAACCAACACCUUCAAUACCAAGUUAUAAUCCUCCACCCUCCAAUAUUUGUGCCUGUAUAGAAUCUGAGGAAGCAGCUAGGAGAUCUGGCGAUUCCCGAGCUGUUCUCUGGAACAAGAAUAAUCAAUAUUCUGCCUCCAAUUUUUAUUCAGCGCCUACUGGUCAAAGUGUUUAUAGUUAUUCUGCGCAAACUUCGCAACCGUCCCGAGAACCUGAACCAACUAAAUCUGUGUACCUUUCAGGCAAUAGAACAACAUUAUCAACACAUCAGACUGCAUAUGUUACAAGUUUGCAUUCAUUGGACCAUAAAGGUGCCUAUGCAGAAGAUAAAUUUUAUUUAAGGCCAAGUAGUCAUGUUACUGUUCAUGGUGGGGCUAUUCCAAUUCAGCAACCUCCACAGGGUGCUAAGACUGGAGGAAUUACAUCUGGAUAUCCUGUAAGACCACCGCAACCACCACCAGCGCCAUAUCCUCCGCCACCACCAGGUACUUACGUGAGUGCCUCUGGUGCUAAUGUUCCUGGUCGAUUAUUAUAUACUCAACCUAGUGCUCGUUAUCUCCAGAGAGAAGUUUAGGAUACUAAUUUACGAAUACUUAAAUUAUUUGAUCCUGAUUCAUAUGCUUUAUAGUCAUCACUAAAUUGUAAAAAAAAAAGGUAUUUUUUAUGCUGUCAACUAAACUCCACAUAGAGUGGUCCACCAAUUAAGUGAGGCCAUCUAAAUAUCUUUUCGAAUUGUGAUGAUAUAAAAAAUAUUUUUUUUAUAUUUAUUACAUUGUCAAUGAUAAUCUCUUCUAGUAGCUUGAAAUCCUGAGCAAUGUGUGUUCUUACCAGUUAUUAGCCUUUUGGAUGCCAUUUAUAUUAGGCAAAACAUAUUUUUUGUAUCAUCACAUGUUCGAAAAUAUAUUUAGGUGGCCUCACUUAAAUGGAUCCUGUAUAAAAUGUAUAAAUGCUGUAGAUAUGUUAUGAAUAGUAAAUAUAAC